UUUUCCUUCGCUCGCCUGCCACUGGGACUGAUGCAUAUACAUCCGCAGACGACUCCCUGGUUAUUCACACGGGAGGGAUUUUUAAGACAUUUUCGAAAGCGCAGAGAAGGUGGCGGCGAGGAGAAAAUUUGUUAUCUUAGGUCAAUGACGCAGGAAUGCUGGUUAGUGAAGCAGGACAACUGCCACCAACGAAUCAGACUGCCACAUUUAGAAACAGUGGUGAUAGGACGGGGUCCAGAGACCAAGAUUACUGAUAAGAAAUGUUCACGACAACAAGUACAGUUGAAAGCAGAAUGCAAUAAGGGUUAUGUCAAAGUAAAGCAGAUGGGAGUCAAUCCAACCAGUGUUGACUCAGUAAUUGUUGGGAAAGACCAGGAGGCAACGCUAAAGCCAGGACAGAUUCUCUACAUUGUGAAUGAACUUUACCCUUACACUGUACAAUUUGUAGAAGAAACUGAGAGACCUGCCCUAGGAAGAGAAAGGAAGAGGAAGAGGCCUUGUGACAGUCACCAGGAUGAAAAGAAUGAAGACAAUAAAGUAGAAAAGGUGGUGGAAAUGGAACUUUUGGACUAUUCAGAGGGCACGUCAGUUCAUGAGUCAAGCAAUGCCACAUCUGCUGCAGCUCUCAAAAAAGGUGACAACGCUUCCAGCAAAAAGGCAUCCUUUGGACAUUGGAGUCAAGGUUUGAAGAUUUCUAUGCAUGACCCCAAAAUGCAGGUUUACAAAGAUGAUCAGGUAGUUGUGAUUAAUGACAAAUAUCCUAAAGCUCGAUACCACUGGCUUGUGUUACCGUGGGUCUCCCUUUCCACUUUGAAGAAUCUAAACCAACAACAUGAAGAGCUUCUUAAACAUAUGCAUGCUAUAGGAGAAAAGAUGAUUAAAGAAUGUGUAGACUCCAAGCACUCACGGUUUCGGCUGGGUUACCACGCUAUUCCUAGCAUGAGCCACGUGCAUCUUCAUGUUAUCAGUCAGGAUUUUGAUUCUCCUUGCCUUAAGAAUAAAAAACACUGGAAUUCUUUCAAUACAGACUACUUCCUUGAGUCACAAGAUGUAAUAAAAAUGAUCCAGAAAAAUCGAAAAGUGACUGUUCCAGAAGGAACAUCUGACCUUCUAAAGCUACCACUGCGCUGUCAUAUAUGCAAGGAACAGCAAUCCACCAUCCCCCAGUUGAAAGAUCAUCUCAGGAAACAUGGAUCAAAGUGAUUUUGUUGAACUCGUCAGUUUUAAGAAGAGAUUCUGAAGUCUGGGUGUCAGGAUUGUACUCCUAAUGCCUAUUCUGGAUUUUUUUAGAAGCAGAAGAACUGGUACUUGUUUAAUUAAAAUGAAUCAUUUGAAAAAA